CCGGGCCGUGUAGUCAAAGUGCCUGUUCCUUCGGCGAGAUAGAGGAAGAAGAGACGGAGCGGAGAGAGAGAGAAAGAAAAAAAAAAUCGUGCUAAUGAGCUGUUAAAGAACAAAACCGCAGGGAAACGCGUCGUCUUCGGAGUUUUCUUUUAAUCGGCGCUAUUUUUAUUCCAUUUUUUAAUCGUUGGAUGGUAUCGUUGAGAUGGCUCGUGUAGUGGAUACGGCGAUGGUCGAGCUGUAUUGAAGAGCUCGUCGGGGGGGGGAGCGGAGCGGAGCGCAGAGAGGAAAGACAUUGUGGGGAAAUCGGUGGAGAGAAGAGCUCUUACCUCACAUCCCCCCGUUACUGCCCCGAAUUCCCCCUUUCAUCUCGAAUGGAGUUCCUCCGCCUUCGCAUUUUUCGGUAGCUCGGUGAAAUGUAUCGUUUGACGGUGCCGUGAGCGCUCGUCGGCUCCGUCCGUGCUUCUUUUUUUCCUGCCUUUUUUUUUUCUUGUUCCCUAAUCGAAAACCGAAAUCUCGGUUCGCCUCCUUUGCCACGGGCCCGUUAGCGAUGGAUUCGAACGGCAGCGGAGGGGGCGGCGAGCUGCCCAACAACAGCCAGAGCUACCAGUCGGAGGAGAGCAAGCCCUUACUGGAGGACACGUCGAGCGCGCCGCCGGAGGGGGGCAAUAACAACAGCGGUAAGACGAGCGCCGGGCCGUGCCGGAGAGCCGCGCUGCUGGGCGGCUGCGGGAUGCGCUACAAGCUGCUCCAGGAGGGCGACAUCCAGGUGUGUGUGGUGAAGCACCCCCGCACCUUCCUCAGCAAGAUCCUCACCUCCAAGUUCCUGCGAAGGUGGGAGCCUCACCACCUCAGCUUGGGCGACAGCAGCCUCAGCUCGGCCACGCCCACAGGAUACAUGGAGUCACCCUUGUCCUACAGUGCCAUCGAAGACCUGCAGCCGCUCUCUUGGGAUAAUGCCCCAAAAUACUGCUUACAGCUGAGCGUCCCAGGAGGGACUGUCCUGUUACAGGCAGCCAACAGCUAUCUCCGAGACCAGUGGUUUCACUCUCUACAGUGGAAGAAAAAAAUUUACAAAUACCGCAAGGUACUGAAGAACCCGACCCGCUGGGAGGUGGUGCUGAAGGAGAUCCGGGCUCUAGUGGACAUGGCCCUGACCUCCCCUUUGCAGGAUGAGUCGAUCCAGCAAGCUCCACUUCACAUCAUCUCCACCCUUCUGUCUGAGAAUACCAACUUGAGUGCCCAAGAGCAUGAAAACAUCAUUGUGGCUAUUGCUCCUCUUCUAGAGAAUAACCACCCACCCCCAGAUUUGUGUGAAUUCUUUUGCAAGCACUGUCGGGAACGCCCACGGUCAAUGGUGGUCAUUGAGGUGUUCACCCCGGUAGUCCAGAGGAUCCUCAAACACAACAUGGACUUUGGUAAGUGUCCCCGGUUGCGCCUUUUUACUCAGGAGUACAUCCUGGCCCUCAACGAGCUCAAUGGUGGAAUGGAGGUGGUUAAAAAGUUUGUCCACAGCAUGCAUGGCCCAACUGGACAGUGCCCCCACCCCCGUGUACUCCCCAACCUGGUGGCUGUCUGCCUGGCAGCCAUUUACUCAUGCUAUGAGGAAUUUAUCAACAGCCGGGAUAACUCCCCCAGUCUGAAGGAGAUUAGGAACGGCUGUCAGCAGCAGAGCGAGCGGAAGCCCCCCCUACCACUGCGUUUGCUCCGCUCAGAGCUGGAGUCCCCCGACCCCCCAGUUGCUCCUCCCCCUCUUCCCCCACUGGCUCCUCUGCCCUCACUGCCCCUCUCCCCGCCACCCUCCAUCGUCAACUCCAGCGAGAUCCUAGUAGAGCUGGAGAGAAACAACAACACUGCCAAUAAGUUGAAGGGCCCAGCAGGUGGUGACAGUGAGCCCAACCUUAUUGACUGCCUGCUGGUCAGCCCCACCCUCAGUGCCCUUUCCAUCCAGCUGCCUGCCCAGGCUGACCGUGUGCUGGGCUGCUUUGCCCUCAUCCUCAAGAUGCUGUCCGACUACGAUGACUGGAGACCAGCCCUGGCCAGUCUGCUGCAACCCAUACCCUUCCCCAAAGAGGCUCUGGCACAUGCCAAAUUCACAAAGGAGUUGAAGUAUGUCAUACAGAGGUUUGCUGAAGAUCCCAGGCAGGAGGUGCACUCCUGCCUUCUCAGUGUGCGUUCUGGAAAAGAUGGCUGGUUUCAACUCUACAGCCCAGGGGGCAUGGCCUGUGAUGAUGAUGGAGAGCUGUUCGCUAGCAUGGUGCACAUCCUCAUGGGUUCCUGCUAUAAGACCAAGAAGUUCCUUUUGUCCCUGGCAGAGAAUAAACUGGGGCCCUGCAUGCUGCUGGCCCUGAGGGGGAAUCAAACAAUGGUGGAGAUCCUGUGCCUCAUGUUGGAGUACAACAUCAUAGAGAACAAGGACACCCAACUGCAAAUCAUCUCCACCCUGGAGAGCACACAGGUUGGCCUGCGCAUGUACGAGCAGCUGUGUGAUCGGCAGAGAGAGCUAAAGGAACUGCAAAGAAAAGGUGGCCCCACACGGCUCACACUGCCCUCCAAGUCAACAGACGCAGACCUGGCGAGGCUGCUGAGCUCUGGCUCUUUUGGGAACCUGGAGAACCUGAGCCUAGCUUUUACCAAUGUCACCAGUGCCUGUGCUGAGCAGCUGAUCAAACUGCCCUCUCUUAAACAGCUCAACCUGUGGUCCACUCAGUUUGGCGAUGCAGGUUUGCGGCUGCUUUCAGAGCACCUGGCCUCCCUGCAGGUGCUCAACCUGUGUGAGACCCCUGUCACGGACGCAGGCCUGCUGGCCCUCAGCUCAAUGAAGAGCCUGUGCAGUCUGAACAUGAACAGUACCAAGCUCUCUGCUGACACCUACGAGGACCUCAAAGCUAAGUUGCCCAAUUUGAAGGAGGUGGACGUUCGUUACACUGAGGCCUGGUGAACUUGAACGUCAUCAGUACACAAGCCAACAAGACAUAAUCAGUUUGGACCUUCUUUCUAGUUACACAUCAAAACAUGAGGAGUCAGAUGACAAUGAGAUGCAAGGACCUACUUUAUAGUACAUCAGACAAACUCAGAAACCUUGCUUCUAGUGGCAUCUGCACUCUUGUCUUUCAGUUUGGAUGUUGCGGCCCUCUCUAACAUUUUCCCAGGCAUCUUGACUUUCGACUUCUACCCUCAGCCCUCUCAAGGAUGUUUUUUGGGGCAGACAGACUUUCUUCUGUAGUUCCUUCUGUGUUCUUUUAGCAGGCCAUGCAAAGAAAAGGGAAAAAAGUAGGUUUUACAUUUCCUUUUAUGUAAUUCAAAGAACUUUUUGUUUAAAGCACACAUCUUCCUUUAUAGUGGUUUCUUUUGCCAUAUGCUUUGCACCAUAUCUGAUUUCAGCUCUUAAGACCCAAACCAAGUUCAAUGUUGAUAUCAGCAUUUGUUCAAACCUAUAGAAUUUCAGAACAGAAAGGAUCUGGAUUAUUGGACCCAAUUUCUGGAAAUUGAUGUUCCACCACUUAACAAAUGCUUGUGAAUUUAGAAAACACUGAACCCUGUGUUUCCAGGCUUCCACGAAAGGUGAUAUUUACUGCAUAAGAAACGUAGGGGGAGUGAGAGGCACCGUUUGCCUUUCUAUUUCUCACUCUGUCUGUUUUUAUUGACUUGAACACUUUCCAUCCCUGCUUUCGUAUACUGUGUGUUUGUAUAAAGAAAUAUAUUCUUUACAACUCCCUGUCCCCACCCCAGAAGUCAGAAAUGCUCUGUACGCAGACAUACUGAAAAAUAUUCUUUUGAUUUAUUUUUAAUGUACAUACAGUUUUCUGCGGCUCCCAUAUUUAAGUGAAUGGUUUAGAAGGUGGUCUGGGACCACUCUGUAUUUAUGAAUAAUAUUUCUUCCUUUCCUUACUUCUCAUUCUUUGUCUGUGAUGCAACACAAGUAUUGUGCUUCUUUCUGCUGGCCCUCCCAGUCAUAUUGUGUGUCUCGCUUACACCGUUUUUACUGCUUUUCUUCCUCCAGUUUGGUUAGUCUGUGGAAAAAAGCCCAAAGGCACUGCAGCAUUCUGUCUUAGCUGUUUUGUAGUUGUUGUAAUUGACCAUUUGGUUCUGUCUUCUCUGACAAGCUGUCCCUAUGAAUACCAGGAUAAGCACAAGUCAGAUAAAGACAAGUAAACACAGAAACGGUAAACUUUGGCCAGAUUUCAUGAAAACAUUUCUGAUCUUUUAUUUUAUAACUUUUAUAUACAUAUGUGUGUAUGAAUAUAUGUAUAUAAUUUCCCUCACUCUUCCUUCAUGGAAGACAGGUGUUGCCUUCAUCUAUAGGGGGAUUAUGUGCAUGUUUGUGUGUGUCUGAGACUGCGUGUGAAUGUUGGGUGGGGGGUCCAUCUUUUUCACAAGUGCACUGUAAUUAUCUUAAUUGUCAUCGUGUUUCAGUUGUUAAAUUGAUUUGAUCCUUUUAAAAUUGUUGCGUCUUUUUUGCAUGUACAUAAGCUUAUGUUUUGUUUAAUUUGCAAUAUUGUUUUACAGACAUUCAGAAAGUCAGGUCACUAGUUCGCAUUUAGUCUGCAGUUGUCACACAUACUGUGUGCUUAUUUGGGAGAAACUGUCAAGUAACAUACAUGUUAUGUACAUCAGUAAGUAUGCUUUAUGCUGUGUGUAGUCAAAUCUGUUUGUAAUAUACAACAGCGAGUAUACUACAUGCUGUGUGUAUGAUAUGUAAAAUGUUAAAUGCACCAUAUAAUAUGUGGGAAGACAAAUCCAUGCCAUGAAAUACCUGUUGGGUUUUUUUCUUUGCACCACAAUUAUUGAUGAUGAAGCAACCGAAAUCUGUAAACCCCUUGACCCAUUACAGGAGAGGUUAGAUUAGGCAAACCCUCGCCUUCUGUGUAUGUUAAAGGAAUAUAAAAUCAAAUCCUUUGGAACUAUUUUCAUACAUGUCUGUGUCAUAAGUUUAUAUACAUUGUCACUUUUCUGUAUAUACAUACAUUUAUACAUAUUUUGUGAAAUGUUAUAAAUGCAUUUUGCAGUAUGCAUAAUUAUAAUACAUAUGCAAGUGGCAAUGGCUUAUUUGACACAUUUGACAUUAGAAAGUAUAUUCCGCUUUUGACUUUAUAUGUUGCCUUUUUCACAAGGAGAUGCUCCUGUGUCGUCAUGUUUUGACCUGGAGCUCAGCACUGGUUGGACUUUGGAAGCCCUCUUGUGACUGAAACGGUGUUUUUCAGUAGCUGGCCUGAAAGAGGGAAGAUUGGGGCCGGUGACAUUUUUAUUAUUAUUAUUAUUAUUUUGGUUAAAGAAAUGUUUAAAAACCCUCUUCUUCUUUAGACUGUUCUAGUCGUUCUGUGCAAAUUUGCUUAAGAGGUUCCCUUUUUCGGCAGUGACUGCUGUUUACUUUAGAUUUCUGCAGUCUUUCUCUCACCCUCAACCCCCCCGGUCUUCACUGAGUUGGUACUGAAUGGGCUCCAGUCUUAAAGAGCAGCCUGUGCUCGUUCUGCAGAAAGAAGCGCUGCCCUUGGUUCUGCUCCGCACACCUGCUUGGACAGCUUGGUCACUGCUACCCUUCUGUAGCUGCUGUAAUCAAAUGCUACAUGCGACUUUACACAAAACAAUGGGAAAAAAAAAAUGCAGGAAAAUAAAUACCAUGUGAAAUUUCAAGCGAAAUAAA